AUGUCUGCUCCUCAGUUUGGCGACCCUGUACCUGGUGCACGAAUGGUAUUACUUAAAAUGGCUUUGCAGUCAAAAAUUAUGGAAAAACGAGAGAAGGAACGGUUAAGGAAGGUGAAAGAGAAACAAUUUUUAGAUAAUGAGCAAGUGAUGCAAGAUUAUCAUGAUGAUGGAGCACUUCCUGAUGAAGAAGAAUUGACUGAUCAAAGUGAGACUGAAUAUGAAACAGAGUCAGAACCUGAAGAAAAUGAUAUAAUUAUCAAGGAUAAGAAAAAGAAGAAGAACGCUUAUCUUGAUGAUGAAGCUGAAGAAGAAGAUGACAUGGAUGUUGACGAGGCUGAGUAUGACGAUAACUGUGAUGAAAAGUAUUCUGCUCAAGAGAAUGAAGAUAGCAAUGAUACUGUUGCACUUCCAAACAUGGAAGAGGAGAGCACUGGUAGAGAUGAAAGUCAGGGUGAUGAACAGCUUAGGUUGCAGUGGGAUGAUACUCAAGAUAUUAAAUCAACUCCUCGUGUAACAGAAAUACCACGUGAUUCAAGUACCCUGUCAAAUGCUGAUUUGUUUACCACACCAUCAUUAAAAAAAGAUUUAGCUGCCAAUUCUAGCGUUCUUUCGAUUGCUGAUUUAUUUGCCACACAGUCUGUAAGAAAAGGUGAAAGUGGUGAUAAGGACUCUAUGGACUCUAGUUUUGAGUUGUUUGGAUCUGUUAUUCCUGCUCAUCAGCCUGGAGGUGGACUUAAACUUGGAUACAAUGAUCAGCAUAGUGAAACUGAUAAUGACCCAGGAUUUCUGACUCCCCUAACUAGGUCAAAGUCAAGCUUCUUUGACCCAGCUAAGGAGUGUGACCUGAGUUUGCCAAUAGAAAAUACUCAAGAUUUGUUUGACACUUCGUUGGCAGAUACUUCUGCACAACCCUCACCAUGUCCAGUAAACCUACAUUUAACACCUUUAAAAGACUCCCAGUUUUCUGAGGAAUCUCAGAUAGAUAGUAACAAUGCUUCUGUAAAGUUGAAGCUAGACUUUACAGGUCUUGAAAAUUCUCAGGAAAGUGAUGAACUUGUGGGACUGUGCUCUGGAAAUUUUAGUGCAACAAGACCUGCCAGCAAGAUGAAUGACCUUUGUGAUGAUCUCCCACCAACACAAGAUAUCAAUGAUUUAAUGGGUCUGUGUUCUGGUAGGUUCACUAGUCAGGUCAAUGAGAAGUCUGAGAAAGAGUUCAAGAUGCCAGCUGCAUUCUCUGCUUUAUCUGAGAAUCGAGAUAAGCCAAGUGAAGGAGAGGAUGACGAACUGCUGGAGCUCUGUAGUGGUCAAUUUACUAAGCAGAAGCAAGACAAUUUAAGUUGUAUAGAAAAUGAAUUACCUUUGCUUAAGGAUCACAGUAGAGAUAACAGUGGGGUAACGGAAGCAGAGAACAAAGUGACAGCAGAGCCACAAAUGAUAAUUAUGUCUUCUGAUGAGGAAAAUAAUGAUAAGGAUAUGAGAAAUAAGAGAAAAAAGAAACGAAGAAGGAUAAUUGCAUUUUCAGAUGAUGAGGAUGCUCAGGAUGCUGUGGAGUAUGAUGACGAAGAAAAUGAAGUUGCAAGAACCACAUUCACAGGGUUCAAAGACAAAAUGAAAGGUGGUAUUCGAGCAGAUUUUUUGGAUCAGGAAGCUGAGUUGUCUGAUGAGGAUAUAGAAGUGUCAGAGGAUGAGGAGGAAAGAGGUGAAGAUCAACUUGAAUUAGAAGAAGGUGACCUAGAAGCCUAUGAUGAAAAUGAGCUGCGAGAUCAAUGUGGAUUAAAGGGAGCACAAGACAAUUUGUGUUAA